AUGAGUGUCUCGAAUGCUGUGCGAGGGCCCUCCAGGCUGCUCGGAAGUCUUUCACGAGCGCCUCAGUCUCUCGUUGCUCGACAAUGGGUUUGUCGACGGUGUGCCUCCACUGCGGCUCUGCAGACAUUCUCCGCAGGCGUGAAGAACCAAGCUACCCAACGGCCGCUCGACCGACGGUGGUGGCAGCAACAGCGACGGGGCGCGGCAGGAGCAGCAGCAGCUAUGCUUGAAGAGGCUCAAGAGGAUUCUGAUGCACUGUCUCAAGAGACCAUCAUCGACAAUCUUUCUCCAGAGGAGGCUUAUCGUCUAUCAAAAGUCAGGAAUAUUGGAAUAGCAGCGCACAUUGACUCCGGCAAGACGACCGCUACCGAACGAGUUCUAUACUAUACAGGGCGCAUAAAAGCAAUUCAUGAGGUCCGUGGCAAAGACGCUGUUGGUGCGAAAAUGGAUUCGAUGGAUCUGGAAAGAGAGAAGGGCAUUACCAUCCAAUCGGCAGCGACCUUCUGCGACUGGGUGAAGAAGGAGAAUGGAAAAGAGGAGAAAUACCACAUCAACUUGAUCGACACUCCCGGACAUAUUGAUUUCACGAUCGAAGUCGAGCGAGCUCUCCGAGUCCUUGAUGGUGCUGUGAUGAUCUUGUGCGCCGUUUCAGGCGUCCAGAGUCAGACCAUGACUGUUGAUCGGCAGAUGAGAAGAUACAACGUUCCCAGACUCAGCUUCAUCAACAAGAUGGACCGCAUGGGGGCGAAUCCUUUCAAAGCCGUCGAGCAGAUCAACAAGAAGCUCAAGAUCGCUGCAGCGGCCGUACAGGUCCCCAUUGGCGCCGAGGACGAAUUCCACGGGGUUGUCGACUUGGUCACGAUGAAGACCCUCUAUGCCGAAGGCGAGAACGGGGAGACCAUAGUUACCAAGGACGAAAUUCCGGCCGAGGUUCAAGAGCUUGCACAAGAACGAAGGGCAAUGCUCAUUGAAACCCUUGCCGAUGUCGAUGAAGAAAUGGCCAACCUCUUCCUGGACGAACAGGAGCCCACAGUCGAACAGUUGAAAGAUGCCAUUCGACGAGCCACCAUCUCCCUCAAGUUCACACCCGUCUUCAUGGGAUCUGCACUUGCCAACAAGUUCGUCCAGCCCAUGCUGGAUGGAGUCUGCGAUUAUCUGCCCAAUCCGUCCGAAGUCACCAACACUGCUUUGGAUCGUCGCCAGGGGGAAGCCCCUGUCAAACUCAUUCCGUACAACUCGCUACCGUUUGUGGGACUGGCUUUCAAGCUGGAAGAGUCGAACUUCGGACAGCUGACCUACAUCCGAGUGUAUCAAGGCAAGUUGAAGAAAGGAAUGAAUGUUUUCAAUGCUCGGACAGACAAGAGGGUCAAGAUCCCCAGAAUCGUGCGGAUGCACUCUAAUGAAAUGGAAGAAGUGUCCGAAAUUGGUGCCGGUGAGAUCUGCGCAGUCUUCGGCAUUGAUUGUGCAUCUGGAGACACCUUUACCGACGGCCAGCUCGGUUACAGCAUGAGCAGCAUGUUCGUCCCGGAGCCUGUCAUCUCUCUCAGCAUCAAGCCCAAGAAUAACAAAGACUUGCCGAACUUCUCCAAGGCAAUUGCACGAUUUCAGCGCGAAGAUCCAACAUUCAGAGUCCAUUUCGACACCGAGAGCGAGCAGACCAUCAUAUCAGGCAUGGGGGAGCUCCAUCUGGAAGUCUACGUGGAAAGAAUGCGACGAGAGUACAAGGUCGAUUGCGAGACUGGUCCACCACAAGUUGCCUACCGUGAGACCAUCACCAAGAAAGUCGACUUCAACCAUCUCCUCAAGAAACAAACCGGUGGUGCUGGUGAUUAUGCCCGUGUUGCAGGUUGGAUGGAACCGAAGGGCAAUCUGGAAGGCAACCACUUCGAAGAACAAGUUGUAGGCGGUGCCAUUUCGGAGAAAUUCUUGUUUGCUUGCGAAAAAGGAUUCCAUCUCUCCUGCGAAAAGGGCCCCUUGAUCGGGCACAAAGUCUUGGGGACUUCUAUGGUCAUCAACGAUGGUGCCACUCACAUGACGGAUUCUAGUGAAAUGGCCUUCAAGAAUGCCACACAACAAGCUUUCCGUCAAGCUUUCAUACAGGCAGACCCUAUCGUCCUAGAACCACUGAUGAAAACGGUGGUCACAGCACCGAACGAGUUCCAAGGCAAUGUCGUUGGUCUACUACAAAAACGCAACGCCGUGAUCAAUGAUACCGAGGUUGGUGUCGAUGACUUCACCGUCUGGGCCGAUGCCAGUCUUCAGGGUAUGUUUGGUUUCAGCGGCAACCUGCGGGCCGCUACCCAAGGUAAAGGCGAGUUUAGCAUGGAGUUCAGCCAUUACGAACGGGCACCACCACAGCUUCAGAAGGAACUGGUGUCGGCCUAUGUGAAAGCUCAGGCCGACAGAAAUAAGAAAUGA